CCGCGCCGCCGCAAUCGGGGAGGAACAUCGUCAAGCACGGCUGCAUUGCUCACCUGAUUGCAGUGGCCUUCAAUCGCGGUGGGAGAGGUGCGCGCAGGUGGGUGGCGAGGAAGGUUGCUUUUCCUGUCCGAAGAGCGGAAUGGAGGGCUGCUAUCGCGAUGGUCGUGCUGUGCUGUCCAGUGCAGAGAAGACAGCUGUUGCGGCGGCUGCUGUCGCAGUUGUCCGUCGAUUCCAGCUAGAGAGGGCGGCUGGGCGCAUGAAAGUGACGCUUUCAAGGCGGCGGCAGAGGCUUUUGCUGCAGAGGGUGUUGGACGCCCCGGACUGCGUUACCAGUUCUGAGGCAGUGCUUCAGCUAUGCUUUGCAAUAGGGUGCGGUGUGCUUCCUCGGUCGACGCCACGUUGGUGGAUGAGGCGGAGAACCGUCUCGACUUGGGAGGAUUUGCGGCUCUGCGAUGACGCAACGGACGACUACUUCCGGGAAAAGCUCCGCAUGUCAAGGAGAGUUACGUUCUACAGGGAGCCACUUCCGCCGGAGCAGAUCGUUGCCUAUGCGCUUUACAAGUGGGCUACAGGAGAGUCAUACGACAACAGCACCUCAUCUUUCGGCAUAGGCAGGGCUUCCGGAAUUCUGGCCGUGCGCGAUGUGACAAACGCUUUGUUGAGGGUGUAUGGGGACAGGAUAUCGUGGCCGACGGGGGUGCGAAAACAAGUCGUGCUGCGGGCGUUUCUGGAAAAGGGCUUUCCAAACUGCCAUGGCGCAGUUGACUGCACACACAUCUACGUGGACAAACCGACGAACGCGCCCCGCAAGAACUACUUCGACCGCAAGCACCGUUUCUCCGUCAUUGCGCAGGUGGUGGUGGACCAGGAUCUGCGCGUGCUAGACGUGUUCCUUGGAUAUCCAGGGAGCUGCCACGACAUCAGGGUGAUCCAACUGUCGAGUCUGUCAAGGCGCACUGAAGAGGGAGUGCUUUUUCGUGGCCCGCCUGUGACGCUGCCGGGGGGGGUGCGAACGAACGGUUACAUCUUGGGCGACAACGGGUAUCCUCCUUCUGAAUGGGUAGUGGUGCCGUACUAAGGAAUCAAUCAGCACCCGGACG